AUGCCAUGCCAGGUAGAAGGCUUCUUGUUACUGCUUCUCUUUGGCUGUGAAGCCACACUGGGAUUGUCAUCUACUGAGGAUGAGGGCGAGGACCCCUGGUACCACAAAGCUUGCAAGUGUAAUGGCCAAGGUGGUGACCAUGCUCUGUGGUCUGCAGGAACCAUCUCCUUAGAAUGCAUGCCAGAAUGCCCAUAUCAUAAACCUUUGGGUUUUGAAUCAGGAGCGCUGGCUCCAGACCAGAUCACCUGCUCCCAUCCAGAACAAUAUGUUGGCUGGCAUUCCUCAUGGACUGCAAACAAGGCUCGGCUCAAUAGUCAAGGCUUUGGGUGCGCCUGGCUCUCCAAGUUCCAGGACAGCAGCCAGUGGUUACAAAUUGAUCUGAAGGAGAUCAAGGUGAUUUCAGGGAUCCUCACCCAGGGGCGCUGUGACAUCGAUGAAUGGAUGACCAAGUACAGUGUGCAGUACAGGACCGAUGAGAGCCUGAACUGGAUUUAUUAUAAGGACCAGACAGGAAACAACCGGGUCUUCUACGGCAAUUCAGACCGCACCUCCAUAGUCCAGAACCUGUUGCGGCCCCCCAUCAUUUCCCGCUUCAUCCGGCUGAUCCCGCUGGGCUGGCAUGUCCGCAUCGCCAUCCGGAUGGAGUUGCUGGAGUGCCUCAGCAAGUGUGCCUAA